CCCUGCAACGAGUUCUGCACGAUUCUGUUCGUUACACGUGCGUCGCGAAAGUUUGCAAAAAAAAAAACAUUAGAAAAAUGAACCUGGUGGCGUUCGGACUCAUCUUGAUCUGCUGCAACGCGUGGGCAGCGAAGACAAAGUUUAAAGACUUAUUAUAUGCGGAGAACGGGCUUGAGGAUUUUCUUAAGAAGUUAAAAACUACAUUAAAGACUGGAAACGAGUCACUCGGAAUUCCGGUUCUCGAUCCAUUCCACGCGGACCGCCUACAGUUCAAUGUAGACGAGGACGUAGUAAAAUUGGAUGCGAUCUUGACGAAUGUCAACGCAAACGGUUUGUCCGAAUAUGAUAUUGUCAAGAGUGCCCUCACGUUGUUACCACCUUCUUUGGAUCUUCACCUUUCGUGGCCAUUUAUAUCCUUAAAUACCGAUUAUUCUGUGAAUGCUAUAAUCAACGGCUUCAACAUUUACGGCAAGGGUGCGAUUAAAAUGUCCGCGAGAGGUUUCGCUUUUGAUACGAACUUAAAUAUGACAUUGGAAGGCGGGAUAUUCGACGGACACGUGCAAAUACAGGACAUGAAAUUGAAACUUUCUUUAAAAUCGCUAGAUUUGAAAGUGACAGGUCUUUUUAAUGACGAUGAUUUGUCCGCAAUACUGAGUGCUGUGAUUUCCGAUAUGGCACCUAAUAUCCUCAACAAUGAUACGAUUGUACAGGAGAUCAUUAAACUUGUGAAAAAGUAUGUUAACACUUUCUUAUGCACUAAGAAACUUUCUGAAUUAAUGAAAUUGCUAUAUCCAUAGUCCAGCAUUGAAGCUUUUCGCCAUAUUAACAUCAUUCUUGUCUAAUCAGUCAUUUGUACGGUCACGAUCAAAUCGACGAAACGAUAUAGAUGUGCCAAAAAUAUAUACAGUUUAUUAAAGGUUAAGGCGAAAUGAAUAUGUUCCGGCGAGAACAUACUUAUGUCAUUAAUAUAUCAAAACGAGCGAGAGUUUUACUGAAAAAAUUAGUUAAAAUUCGUUCUCCGAAACGUCUUUUUAUCUAUCUGGAAUGCUUUAAUGUUGGUGUAUUAAAAUAUUAAAUAUUUUAUAUGUACAAUAUACAUAUUUCUGCGACAAAUUAAAUAUUAAUUUAUCCUGGUUCUGGUCUGACUUACUUAUUUUAAACAAAUGAGUAAAGGAGCCUGUUGUACAGCAGAAUGUUGUAUCUUUUUAACAUUUAUGUAUGUACAUUUAUAUAUAUUUAACGUAUAUUUUAGGCUACAUUGUAAUACGUCUGUUAAUUCGAUUUUAAAUAAAAUACAAAUUUACUCUUGCA